CCUCGCACAAAGACUUCUGGAGUCCAAAGGUAUGAUCCAUCUGAUAUACGUCCUGAACAGUCUUUACAUAAUGGUUUAUAGGCAUACGCCAUAUCCGAUAUGUCUCUUUCUCUGGCUGCUAUCUUCAGUGCUGGGCUGCUUGGUUAUCAGAACGAGGAGCUUUUAGUAUAGCAGGAUACUGCUCUCACUGAAAAUGUUUCUGUUUUGGAAAAGGCAGAACGAAUGCCGACUACGGUGGAUGAUGCUUUGAAUGCUCUUGACGGGAAGUUCGAGGAUAUCGAGGCUAUGGUGGAAAGUAAGGUUGUCAAGCACUACCUCGGGAUCAAACGGUGGGAGUCGAAUUGGGUGAAGGAAAUGGAUACUAAGGAAGUGCGCUUUUUACAAGGCUGUUCUAGCGAUGCCAUUUCGUCGUAUAUUGCGGUUAGAUAGACAAAUAGAUGAAACGGUAUAUAUCUAGGACCAAUGUAAGAACAAUGAAUGGGGGCAAGAACAAGGGGGUCAAAAUCAUAAAGUUUCAUAAUGAACACUACUACCUAAGGCUUAGCACCGGAAAUGCCG